UCCCUGGGAGAGGCCAUCACAUCCAGGCCUUCCAGGCCAGGCCCUGUACAAGGUUUUGUCCCUUUUGGUUUAAAGGUCAGAGUUUGUCCUCUCUGCAGCCCUGCUGGAUCGAGGGUGAUGGGCACAAGGACACUUUGCAGCUGUGUUUAGGGCUGUGGGACUGUUCAGCCUUGCUUGUUCAGUAGAAUGGAUCCUGUCCAGGGGGGCCCCAAAUCCAGGAAGGAAUUCCGUCUGCCUUUUGUUUUGGCAGCAGUUCUUUCAUUUGCACAAUGACAAGGCCAGGCCUCCAUCCUGGGAGCACUCCUGAGGUGACAAGGACACACUGCAAAUGACAACAUGUGGGCCCCUGAAGAAAGGAUAUCUGCAAAUACACAGAUGGUGCCCUAGGGGUGCAGCACGACUUUUCUCCUCCUGCCUGUGCUGAGUUGUCCUCCCCACCUGAAUCCUGAAGCUUGGGAAGGGCACUGUGCCAGCAAGGUGCAGUCUGGCAUUUCACUGCUGACCAAACAAGGGCCCCUUCCCAUUGUUCAAGCUGCACAACUGUGGGAAGAAAGGAAAAUGUGUGUGAAUCAGGGCAGCCAGGCUGCCAGAAGGGUUUCGUGGGCCUCCCUGUGUUGUUGUGGGACGCCUCAUGGGAAGUGACCAAGUGAGAGACAGCUGGAAGCUCGGCUGGAGGAGAAGGCUGGGAUUUUUCAAAGAUUGGGAUGUUGCAGUUAAAUGUCCCAAUUCAAGGCUGCUGCUGAUCUCAAACUGGGAGGGGCUGUUGACUCACUUGAGGGACAAGACGCCAUGCAGAGAGAUCCAGAGAGACUGGAGCCUUGGAUUUCCUGUGGGAAAAGCUACCUUCUGGGUGAGCAACUCUGGCUGGUUAUGGAGUACAUGGACUCAGGAGGCACCCUGAGUGAUGUCAUCAGCAAGAGCUACCUGUCUGAAGAGGAGAUGGCAGCCACCAGUCGGGAGUGCCUGCAAGGACUGGAUUUUCUUCACUCCAACCACGUGAUCCACCGAGAUGUGAAGAGCAGCAACAUCCUUCUCAGAACCGAUGGCUCUGUCAAGCUGGCUGAUUUUGGCCUCUCUACUGAGUUCACUCCUGAGCAGAGUGGAGGGUGCUGGGUAGCUGGGACUCCUUGGUGGAUGGCACCUGAAGUGGUGACAGGUCAACCAUAUGGCCCCAAAGUGGACAUAUGGUCUUUUGGAAUUGUGGGAUUUGAAAUGGUAGAUGGAGAACCCCCUUACUGGAACCAAAGUCCUGCCUUGGUUAAACACCUGAUAGCCUCAAUAGGGACCCCACAGCUGCUGCAUCCCAAACUCCUCUCGGCUUGCCUGUGUGACUUCCUGAGCUGCUGCCUGCAGGCAGACGAGGAGCAGCGCUGGUCUGUCAAGGAUCUCCUGCAGCAUCCAUUUGUAGUAUCAGCCAAGCCAGCAUCCAUCCUGGCACCACUUAUUGUCUCAGUGAAGAAGAAGAGGAAGUAG